AUGGAAGAAUGUCUGCGAUUUUGGGCUCUUGAAACGAACCAAACCCAUGUUGCUCUGAACAAAAUUCUUCGAAUUUUGCGCAUAAAAACAACAUUUCGACUGCCGAAAGAUGCACGGACUAUUCUCAAGACACCAUCCAUCAAAGCAAACAUUGUACAAAUAGACGGUGGGAGAUUCUGGUACAACGGUGUAAACAAAUGUAUCCAGAAUAGAUGCCGGGCCAUGAAUCUCAACAUCAACACGAUGAGUUUGUACGUUUCGGUUGACGGUCUACCACUGACCAAUAGCAGUAAAAUGCAGUUCUGGCCUAUUCUGAUCAGCAUAGCAGAAUUGCCUACCGUAGCACCGAUGCCGGUGGCUAUCUUUUGCGGGCUAAGAAAGCCGGAGAAGGUAGAAGAAUAUCUACGUCCACUUGUGUCGGAACUGAAUGAGUUAAUGACGGACGGCAUUCGCAUCCAGGACAAGGCAAUAAACAUUAGAGUCCGGGCUUUUAUUGCUGAUACACCAGCAAGGGCGUUUAUUAAAGGUGUAGUCAACUUUAACGGUCUCCAAGGAUGCAUCAAGUGUGUUUCUCAAGGACAAAGAGUAAACAACCGCACUAUUUUCAGAGGAAUUGAUGCCGAGAAAAGGACCGAUGCGGUUUUCCGUCAAGGAGGUUAUUGGCCUGAUCAUCAGAAGCACCUCACCCCACUUCUUGACUUACAGCACUUCAACAUCAUUGACGGAGUUAUAAUUGCCGACAGACUUCAUCUGAUGGACCUGGGAGUUACCAAAAAGCUUUUAAAGAGGUGGAAAAAUGGCGAAUCAGGAUUCCAUGGAAAGCUGACAACAACGCAAUACACGAACAUCUCGUUGGC